UCCACGACAACACCGGUACUAACCUUACAACACAGCAAAGAUGGUCGCCGCCAAGAAGCACGUCCCGAUCGUGAAGAAGCACACCAAGCGCUUCAACCGCCACCAGUCCGACCGCUUCAAGUGCGUCGACCCGUCAUGGAGAAAGCCUAAGGGUAUCGACAACCGCGUCCGAAGGCGGUUCAAGGGCCAGGCUGCUAUGCCCAAGAUCGGUUACGGAUCCAACAAGAAGACCCGCCACCUGAUGCCCAGUGGCCACAAGGCCUUCGUCGUCAACAACGCCCGCGACGUCGACCUCCUCCUCAUGCACAACCAGACCUUCGCCGCCGAGAUCUCGCACUCCGUCUCUGCACGAAAGCGCAUCGACAUCAUUGCCAAGGCGAAGCAGUUGGGCGUGAAGGUUACGAACAGCAAGGCUCGCGUCAAGACCGAGUCGUAGAUGGUUUUGCGGACGAUGGUUCUUUGACAGACAUGGAUGGAUGUGGGCAGGCGGGGCAUACACGGCGUCUACUCUGACUUCAGGCACGCAAUGGCAAACGACAGAUGAUGGGGUUGGUUGCUGGCUUAGCCUACUUAGCCCCCGCGGCGAGGGCAUGUAUGAAACAUGAUCGAACACAAAAAUCUCAUCAUUCACGUUUAUCGAGGAUGGUGUGUGCUGGUGGUGGGAAAGAGACAUGGUUGAGUGAGACGUAUGCAGUAGGAAUAUGCAAUUCCUCCACCUGCCAGUUCUGGUGCCUGCUCGACGGUGCGAGAGCGCUUCCACCUACCUCCCCUGUGUUCCAGACGACCCACGCUUGCGACUACUGAUGUGUUUCGAACAAACGAUAACCACCCCAACAGACUCCUCGCAUCUACACCAUCCGCCCGGAACGAUACAGCUUCC